CCCCGCGAUGGGGGGAAGGGCACAGCGUGGGUGUCCCCUGGGUGUCCCCGUGGACUGUGGCUUCGAGGGGGAGGCGUCAACGGGUGGCACGCGGUGUGCCCAGCCCUGCGGGCACCCGCGGCGAGCGGUGCUCCCGGGGGAGGGCCGCUGGGCUGAUGUGCGGGGUCUCUCUCGAGCAGAUGGGAGCUCGGUCGCCUGCCAGCCCCUCGCACUGGAGAACGGUGCCAGCCCGCCAGCCGAGUGGUUCCCGCGUGCCCAGGGCUCCGGUCCCCGCCAGCCCGGCAGCGACGGCGACAGCAGGAGCUUUCGAGUGAACCUGCACUGCAAGCACCCCCGGAACAGAGAGCUCAAGUGCAAUAGCAGGAGCAGCACCAAAGCCGAGGGUCCUGGUGUCACCUUUCCUGACCCCCAUGUCAGCAACUGCUCGGCCAAGCGGCACGCGGGGGAGGAGGAGGUCAGGAUGCGCGUGAAGCCCCCGGGCCCAGUGGUAACGACCAGCGUUGUGCGUGGCUCGCCCGACUACGUCCGAGAGCCCAAAUUCUACCCGCCCGGACACCCGGUGCAGCGGCCCCCAGCCUGCCCGGCCGAGAAGGCGUUGUCCUGCAGCGUGCUCAGCUUCCCUGAGGGCUCCUGCCCCGCGCUCGGCCGGGAGCACCAGGCGGGCUCGCUGCUGCACGGCGACCCGGCCGACCGCUGCCAGAGCGUCCACGGAGGCACCAAGGCGGCCGAGGACCUGCUGGGCUGCGCCGGGGAGCCCCGGAUCCUGGGGGGCAGCGCGGAGGAGGCAUCCACCCGGGAUCGGGCGCCCAAAACUUUCCCCAACGCGACACUGGCCUCGGGCCGCUGCAACGUAGACAGCAUCCUCGCCUUGCUCCGGAGCAAGUGCGGCAACGGGCACAUCAACCUCCACCCUGUGGUGCAGCUCAUCGACAUCAUGAAGGACCUGAACCGCCUCUCCGAGGACCUCAAGAACAGUGGGGUGCACCUGGACUGUGGCAGCCUUCGCGGUGGCGGCGGGGCUCACGAGGACAGCCGCCUCCUGCCCGCUGACCGUGACCUCCAGUACAGCUUCUUCUCCUCUCCCUCCCUGGCCAACAGCAUCCGCAGCCCCGAGGAGCGGGGGGUGCUCCUCAAAUCCGACCCGUCGCGGCAUCCCCGGCCCCCCGCGCGCGACGGAGCCCGGCGCGACGGAGAGGCUGACGGAGGCGGGGGGAGCGCCCCGCAGCCCCCAGGACACAGUGUGGGUGUGGGGGACGUCUCCAAAGCCCCGGCGGAUGAAGCCGGCUGCUCCCAGCCCGAUGCCAGCGAUUACUCGGAGCUGGCCGAGGCGGACAUCCUGAACGAGCUGGCCUCCCUGGCGUGCCCGGGGACGCAGCUGCUGGAGUCGCAGGCGAUGGAGCCGCAGCCCCAGUUGCUGCCAGCCCAAGAGCUGGACUCCCAAUCCCGGCUGUUGGAUUCCCAGUCCCUGGAGUCACAGCCCCAGCUGCUUGAUUCGCAGAGCCUGGAGCCGCUGCCAGAGUCGCUGGAGCUGCAAAACCUGGAGCCGUUGGGGCUGCAGUCACUGGAGCCGCUCUCCGAGUCGCUGGAGCUGCAGUCGCUGGAGCCUCUGUCCGAGUCGCUGGAGCUGCAGUCGCUGGAGCCGCUGCCGCCGCUGCUGCCCGCCGAGCCCUCGCUGCUGGAGCCGCAGCCGCUGGGAGCUGUCUCGGAGCUGCUGGAGGCGCCCUGUGGGGGCCGGGGGGCCGGGCGCUGUGGCGAAGACCACCGCAAGUACGCGCUGCGCCGGACAGACAAACCAAAGAUGCUGUGCCGCAGGAGGAGGGCGGGCCGGGGGCGCCGGGUGGACAUCGCCCCCGAGAGCCGCGUGCUGUCCCCCCUCGCCCUGCCCGCCGAGAUGCCCCCCGGGCCCGAGGAGCCCGACACCCCGGUGCUGAGCCCCCCACCGCCACCGCCCCCCGCCACGCUGGACUCCGACGAGAUGCCCAAAGCGCCCACGGCGGGGAAGAAGAACAAGUGCCGAGGGGUGAGGAAGAUGGUGGUGAAGAUGGCCAAGAUCCCCGUGUCCCUGGGGAGGAGGAACAAGACCACCUACAAGGUGUCAUCGCUCAGCAGCAACUUGAACCUGGAGGGGAAGGAGCUGGCAGCCAGCAGCUCCAUGGAGCCCACGCCGCUGCUCAAGAUGAAGAACAAUGGGCGCAACGUGGUGGUGGUGUUCCCCCCCGGCGAGAUGCCCAUUAUCCUGAAGCGCAAGCGGGGCCGGCCUCCCAAAAACCUGCUGCUGGGCCAAGCCAAGCCCAAGGAGCCCACCCCGGAAGUGAAGAAGAGGAGGAGGAGGAAGCAGAAGCUGGCCUCGCCCCAGCCCUCCUACAUCGCGGACACCAACGACAGCAAAGCCGACUACUCGGACGUGUUGGCUAAGCUGGCCUUCCUGAACCGGCAGAGCCAGUGCUCGGGGCGCUGCUCGCCGCCGCGCUGCUGGACCCCCAGCGAGCCCGAGUCCAUCCACCAGGCCCCCGACACCCAGAGCAUCUCCCACUUUCUGCACCGCGUCCAGGGCUUCCGCCGGCGCGGCGGCAAGGCGGGCGGCUUCGGGGGGCGCGGCGGCGGCCACCCCCCCAGCUACGGCAGCGCCGGGCAGAGCGUGGCACCCGCCAGCGUGUUCCCACCGGGAAAGCAGUACCCGUCAGCACAGGACUGCCCCAACAGCAAGGACUGCAGCUUCGCCUACGGCAGCGGCAGCAGCCUCCCGUCCUCGCCCAGCAGUGCCCACAGUGCCGGCUACGCGCCACCGACAGCUGCUCCCAGUUUGCCGCUGGGAAAAGCCGCCUUCUUCAACAGUGCCGAGCAGGGGGGGCAGUUCUCCAGCGCCGCGCACACCCCCCUGCGCUGCGACAGCCGGGCCAGCACCGUCUCUCCCGGCGGCUACAUGGUGCCCAAGGGCUCGACCUCCUUCCAGCCCUCACCUGAAAACUGCCGGCAAUUCCCCAGCGCCGCACCCUGGGCCUUCCGGCAGGGCUAUGGCAGCUUGGAUUGGAGCUCGGAAGCCUUCAGCCAGCUCUACAACCCAGGCUUCGAGUGCCACCUCAACGAGCCCAAUGUCAUCCUGGACAUCUCCAACUACACCCCGCAGAAAGCCAAGCAGCAGACGGUCUCCGAGACCUUCUCCGAGUCCUCCUCCGACAGCACCCAGUUCAACCAGCCGGCUGGUUACCGGCGCGCCAACAGCGAGGCGUCCUCCAGCGAGGGCCAGUCCAGCCUCUCCAGCCUGGAGAAGCUGAUGAUGGACUGGAAUGAGGCAUCCUCUGCCCCUGGCUACAACUGGAACCAGAGCGUGCUCUUCCAGAGUAACUCUAAGCCCGGGCGAGGCCGGCGGAAGAAGGUGGAUAUGUUCGAUACCUCCCACCUGAGUUUCUCCUCCUCUUCCUCUUCUUCCUCCGUGUACCCCUCCAAGAGGAACACGGGACCCCGGCAGCCCCGGGGCUCCCGAGGGGCUUGUGCCUCCAAGAAGGAGAGGGGCACGGGCAAAGCCAAGUUCCCCACCAAGUCACAGGCGGUGAACCCGCUCUUCCAGGAGAGCACGGACCUGGGCUUGGACUACUACAGCGGGGACAGCAGCAUGUCCCCGCUGCCCUCCCAGUCCCGGGGCUUCGGGGUGGGGGAGCGGGACCCCUGUGACUACUCCGGCCCCUACUCCAUGAACCCCUCCACCCCCUCGGACGGGACCUUUGUCCAGGGGUUCCAGAGCGACUCCCCGGGUUUGGGCCAGCCGGAUUUGGAGAGCAAGCACUUCCCUGCCCUCCCACACCAGCUGGCAGCCCCCGGCCAGCAGACUGUGUUCGAGGCCGGUUUGCAGAAAGCCUUCUCGCCCAACUGCUCCCCGACCUUGGCCUUCAAGGAGGACCUGCGGGCAGGCAGCAUGCGGAAGCUGCCGGCUUGUGACUCGCUCCCCCCCCCCCCCCCCCACCUGGCCUGCCGCGACCUCCCCAUGCCUCAGCCGCACUACGACUCCCCCAGUUGCAAAAACCCCCCGUACUGGUAUUCCCCCAACGCCAGCACCCGCAGCCCCUCGUACGACGGCAAGGCGGGGGCUGGCAUGCUGGUGGACUUCAUGGGCAGGACGGACCCCCCGUGUCUGAACCCCCACCUGAGCAGCCCGAGCGGCACCCACCCCUCCAAGGGCGAGAAGGAGCCCUUGGAGAUGUCCCGGGCUCACCACCGGGGACCCUACGCUUGUCCCUUGAUCAAUGACUUGAACAUCUCCCCCGUACCGAGAGACUCAAUGUUGCAGCUGCAGGACAACUACAGGUACCCCAGUUUUGCACCCCAAGGGCACCCCGUCAUGGCCCCCACCCAGAAGAGCGGGUUUUUGGGACCCAUGGUAGAGCAACAGCACCCUGAGGACACUUUUACGGUCACCUCAUUGUAGUGUCUGCUGACGUGCCAACCGGACAACGAGGUUUUGUUACAGGAGGUAAUUUAGCCAGCACUUUUUUCUGGAACACUUUUCAAGUUCUGUAUUUAACUGGGAUUGGAACUGUUUGUUUGUUUUCUAUUAAAAAA